AUGUCUGGGAAGUCAAAGCUGGUGGACGUGUUGGGAAAUUAUGGAAUGGGAGUGAGUUUCCGGGAUCCCUAUCGAUUCCAGGUGAAGGAAGAUGGACCCACUGAAAAGAUCACCUCGCACACCUUCUUCACCAGGGACGAGCGAAGGUUCCCCCGACCGGUAACCCUCAUUGAUACACCGGGCUUACAGAAGGGGAACCCCAAAGACGACAAGAAGUUGAUGGAAGACAUUCGUGCUUUCAUCCAGCACCAUCACCAGCAGGGCAUCCACGCCGUCAUAUACGUCGCUCCAAACUCUCAGGGAAGAUUGACAGCGGAGCAGAAGAUCGUGCUGGGGAACAUGGCCAAUAUAUUGGGUGAUAAAACAGAGAAAAUUUCGUAUUUAUUCUGCACAUUCGCGGACGGCAAAAGCCUCCCCGUCCUAAAAUCUGUGAAAGAGGCCGGACUCAAAUACCAGAAGCAUUUCGCCGUCAACAGCUCCUCCUACUUCAGUGUGGUAGAAGAAGAAGAUGGAUCUUCGAUCGACGACGACGAAGGGAAGAGUAAAGAAGUGGGAGGGGAGUCAAUGAACGAGUUGCUGUGGAAGCUGACGACAGACAGCAUUGAAGACUUCGUGAUGGGCAUACAGAAGAAUCAGCCCAUUCAGACCCAGGAAAUCCUAUCAUCGGGAGAAGAAAACGAGGAGAAAAAGAAUGGGAAGUCACGAAGGUCUUCCGAAGAAGUAGAAAAAGUACCUCUAAUCACUGGAGGGAGAUUCCCCCAACCCGCUGGAGAGGACCCAGAUCCCUCCAUUGGACAAAGGUCAUUCUGCGGCCGGAUUCGCCGCUCCUUCAAAAGGUUGGUUCUCAGGUGUCUCCCAAAACCAGAAAACAAGGGAGAUAACUUCCAAUAG